AUGAAAACAAAUACAUUAAUCUAUACUUCUCAAAAGGAUAUACAAUCCCAACCAAAUAUCAUUAGCCAUUUAAAAUCUAUUCUAGAUAACAAUUACGAUAUAAUUCAUGUUGAUUCUAAAGCACUAAGUGAUGAGUCAUGGCAAAAUACAAUUUGUUGUUUAAUUGUACCUAAUGGAAAAUUUGAUCUUUAUCAUGAUGAAUUAAAAAGGAAUUACUUGGGAUUUGGUUCUGGUGCUACAUAUGCUACAAAAGAUUUAGAAAAUCAAGAUGAUCGGAAUAAUCUUGAUUUCUUUUUUUGGGUGUUUAUAAGAAAUUGGAUCUAUCACCACUGUUUGACAAAUCAAAAUAAUGAAUUUUCAAUACUCUCGCAGCAGAUUCAAUUAUUAGCUGAUAAAACUUUUAGAUAUUUUGUAGAUUUUGAAAAGUUUUCAAACAUUAGAACUUUGGCACGUUACAAGGAUUCAUCACAAUUAGCGAUAGCUCAAU